AUGGCGGCCCGCAGCCCCCGGGCCCUGCUCGCCCUCGGCCUGGCCCUGCUCGCCACCGCCGCCGCUGCCACCGACCCCUUCUCGUCCCAGCUGGGAGACACCGCCGGGUGCCGCGGGCAGUGCGGCCGCAGCCUGCCCCGCCGGGCCGCCGCCGAUGCUGUUCUCAACGCCUGUUACCGGGGCUGCCGGCUGUUCUCCAUCUGUCACUUCGUGGAUGCGAGCGCCGAGCUGAACACAACCAGGGUUGAGUGUGAAGCAGCCUGUGCUGAAGCCUACAGCAACAUGGAGGAGCAGCUCGGCUGUGUGACCGGGUGCCGCAACCAGCUGCCUGAGGUGGAGAGCAGCAAGGAGAAGAGCCUGGUGCUGAAGGAGCCAUCGUUCUCCAUGUUUGAUUUGGUUUCCACCUUCUGCAACGACAUUGUCAGCUCUGCUCAGAGUUUCAUCUCCUCCACCUGGACCUUCUACCUGCAGGCAGAUGAUGGCAAAGUCGUGGUGUUCCAGUCCCAGCCUGAGGUGGAGUAUCUGGUACCUGAAGUGCAGGACACCCAGCCGGAGCGGCCAGGACUGGGGUCCAGCCUCCAUGUCCCCCAGCCCCACACAGGCCCCCGGGUGAAGGGGGAGAGGCCCCCCAUGAAGGAGCCCCGGGACAAAGCCAAGGCGCAGCCCCCGGAGCCCCCCCAGCCGGAACAUGACUUCCUCGGCUGCAUGUCCAAGCGGGGGGCGGGGGGGUGUCACAGGCGCUCGGGCCUUCCUCGCUGGAUCCUGGCCGCCUGCCUCUUCCUCUCCAUCAUGGUGAUGCUGUGGCUGAGCUGUGCCAGCUUGGUGACUGCCCCCGAGCAGCACGUCAAGACCCAGCCUUUGAGCAUCAAUGGGGACAAGGAGUACCUGGAGGACCUGGAUGGCCCCGGCGCCUUCCCCCUGCCGCCCGUCAUCGCUGUCACCCUGUGCCCCGCAGGCAGUGAGGACGCAGGGCCGCUGCCCCUCAAGGUCGACCUGGACAAGACCAUCCUGUAGCUGUGCCACCCCUUCCCAUCACUUCCACGCCACCUCCCUGUCACUGUCCCCAUGGCAUUGUCCCCAGCCCUGCUCCCCUGUCCCUCUGGCUGGCCCCUGCUCCCAGAGGGGCACCCCAGGCUCUGGCCUGGUGGGGACCAUGGGUACAAAACACCUUGGUCCCCCUGUCCCGAGCAGGCUCCCGGGAGCCAGGCAGCAGCUUUGCCUCCUCGGUAGACACGCUGCUUGCUGGGAUCCUGGUUUCCCAACACUCAAGAGCCAAGAGCAAAGCUGCCAGAGCGGGGAGGCCGGGGGGAGCCCAUCCUCGGAGCGGCCGGUCUGUCUCCUCCCGGAGCCCCCAGGGCCCCGCAGCCCUCCGGGCACGGCUCCAGCGCCGGGCAGGAGGGAGCCGGCUGCGCUGGGGGAUGGAGAGUGUCUGCAGCCCUCGGGGCUUUGGCUCGGCACAUCCCCGGCCUCCCACCUUGGGCUGAGCCUCCAAGGCGCCGUCUCUGGCCCUGGGAACUCCCUUCCGCCGGCCGGAGCCGAUUCCCUUGGGGACCCGAAACGUGGCGAAUGGAUUUGGCCUUGGCAGCCGAGGAGAGGAGGGGAUCUUUGUGCCCACAUGAGGGCCCAGCCGGCCCCUUCCCGGAGGGGCCCUGGGAUGGUUCCUUCUCCUCCCGGCUCCAUGAUGCCUUUGGUUGCCAGUGGGACCAAGCAGGAGACAAGGCAGCAAUUCCCUGCCUCGUGAUCCCAGCUUGUGUCCAAGCUCGGGCAGAAGGUGGGAGCUGCCAGAAUGGCUUAAUUCUGGGCUCAGCAUCCCUGCCUGCGGCAGCUCAGCCCGUGGAGCUGUGGCUGAUGGCAGGACCUAAAGGCAGCCAGUCUCCAUGUCCCCAGGGAGCACAGGGCCAGCCCUGGGGUCUCCCUGCCAAGCAAGGACCCCCUCGGCUCACCCCAGUGCAGCCCCUCGGUGUGGUUCCCUCCAUCCCCUGGCUCUGCAGGGCUCUGCUCCCAUGGGCUCACUGCAGGCCUGGCCAUGGCCCUGUCUCCUGCUCUUCUCCAUCAUUUGACUUUGUGCAUCAUUUUGUGGUUUGUUUCACUCUGGCAUGUGGUUCCUCAGCCCCCUGCACCCCAGGGGGACAGUCCUGAGCUUGGGAGGGAUGGCUUGACUGGCUGUCCCUGCCACCCCCACCUAACACCCCUGUACAGAUUAACUUAUUACCUGUGACCCCCCACCCUUGCAAUUUUCAAUCCAUGUGUCGGCUACUCCCUGGCACUGGGGGGACCUUGGGGGGGCCAUGGCGUGGUGAGGCAGGGGGGGUCUUGUCCCUGGUCCUGCUGGUUUUGUGCUGCUCCAUAUCACUCUCACCGUGCAACAUAUCUGGGUUUGGGGAACUGGGUUUGGGGAACUGGGUCUGGGGGGUG